CUUGAAAAGAAAAGAAAAAGCACGAUCGAAAAUGAGUGCAGAUAUUACAAGCAUAGAUCCUAAACAUAAAGAAGCGAUUGUUUCCGCCGUUGCCGAAAUCUCUGCUGCGGGUGUAACUAUGUCAGUCAAUGUGAUAUCCCAGCAACUUACGUCAACCAUCGUGGACGGCUACGACGAUACAUCAUUUUUUAUCUACAAAGGGACAUGGGUCCAAAGAAUUAUAUAAACAUUACAGCUCUUUAAUAUCCCUUACAAAAAGCAAAAUUAAUUGGGAGAACAUUUUCUGUCAUGUUCAAGACAAAAAAUUAGGAAUCUAUAAUGUA